AUGGAAAAAUCAGCAGUGGAUUCUCCCACCCCUCAUACACCGGAUUCAGGCUCAAGGACAAAACCGGAUACGGAGGCGCUGCCUGUGCAACCUGAAAAGGAACAGGAUCCUGAUUUAGUAGAUUGGGAUGGACUUGAUGAUCCUGAGAAUCCGUUUAAUUGGCCUUCUUGGAAGAAAUGGCGUCAGUUGAUCUUUAUGGCAAUCAAUACAUUCCUCACACCCCUCGCCUCUACCAUGUUCACUCCAGGCGUAGCAGAUAUUCUCCAAGAAUUCGGCUCAGACAGCACAAUGAUGGCCUCAUUCCUGGCCUCUAUCUACAUCUUAGGAUACGUCGUGGGACCCUUCAUAAUUGCUCCGCUUUCUGAACUCUACGGGCGCGUCCCGCUUUACCAUAUCUGUAAUAUCCUCCUACUCAUUUUCACCAUUGCCUGUGCUGCUGCCCAGAGCUUGCCCCAACUUCUGGUCUUUCGGCUUUUAGCCGGUAUCGCGGGCGUUUGUCCUCUGACUAUUGGAGGGGGGACCGUGGCUGAUAUGGUAUGUAAGGAGAAGAGAGCAGGUAUGAUGGCUAUCUGGACUCUGGGGCCAUAUAUGGGGCCUGUUGUUGGGCCUAUUGUGGGUGGAUACCUUGUAAUGGCUGAAGGGUGGAGAUGGGUGUUCUGGGUGCUGUCGAUUACCAUCGGUCUUACCUUUACUGGGACGGUGAUAUGCUAUCGCGAAACCUACGCACCAGUCUUACUCCAUCGGAAAGCCCAGCGUCUACGCAAAGAGACAGGAAACCCCAGGCUCCGCUCUAUCUACGAUGAUGGCAACAGAUCACCUCGAUAUGUUUUCAUUACUGCGCUUUUACGCCCAACCAGGCUUCUAUUUACCUCGCCAAUCGUAUUUUUAAUGGCUCUCUUCGCUGCGAUCACUUACGGCUACCUUUAUCUCAUGUUCACCACCAUGUCCUCCAUCUUUGAAGACCAGUACGGCUUCAACCAAGGUAUAGCAGGUUUAGCGUAUAUUGGCUUCGGAGUAGGCUGUGCUCUCGGCCUCCUCAUCGUCGGCCGAACGGCGAACGCAAUUGCUGUCCGACACUCUGCGCAAGGACGGUUUGCGCCGGAGUCUCGCCUACCACCAAUGAUCUACGGAUGCUGGGCUAUUCCCGUGGGUCUAUUCUGGUAUGGAUGGUCAGCAGAAGAGAAGGUACACUGGAUAAUGCCCAUAAUUGGAACUGGUAUCUUCGGGUUCGGCUUUGUGGCCGUUUUCGCAACUGUCAGUGUGUAUUUAGUUGAUUCGUAUCUUCGAUUUUCUGCGUCGGUUACUGCGGCUAAUGUCUUUCUGCGGUCGCUUCUUGCUGCUGUGCUACCACUCGCUGGACCUUCGAUGUAUGACGCUCUUGGAUUAGGGUGGGGGAACUCGCUACUGGCAUUUGUUGCGCUGGCAAUGUGCUUUGUGCCGCUUUUAUUUGCCAAGUAUGGGGCGAUGAUUCGAACGCAUCCAAAGUUUCAACUUCAGCUUGAGUGAGGAUUUGUUGUGCUUGCACUGAUACACCUUACAUGAUAU